AGAGAUGGGGAGGAGGGAGGGAAGGAGAGAGACCCCAGAGAGACCCCAGCGUUUGCACCGGUCUGCAUCAACCACAGAUCUUCACCUCCCGCCUUCUCGCCUUCUACUUCGCCUUCUCAGCGACUCCUGUCUGUUUCGCUGCACCCAAAGCAUCACCACUCUCGAUUGUCUGUUAUCAUCCAUGGCUCUCUUCUCCCGCCUGACGCUCUUCGUCCUCGCCGCUCUGCUGGUGGCGACCAGCAUGGCCCAGGAGUGCGUGACGGACUCCGACUGCCCGUCUGGCGAGGUCUGCUACACGGAUGAUUCGGACGACAGGUGGUGCAAGACAGAGGAUGACUGGAACACAGCCGGUACGCAACUGCUCACGCCCUGAGCGGCAUGCAUCCCUAUCUCUCUUUGUGCUGUUAUGUGGCGUACAGGGUUGCUGUUAUUGCUGGUGUUGGCGUAUCUAGCGCACUACUGGUGGGUGGUGGUUCUUGUGCUUUGUGCUGUUGUUGCGUUGAUUAUUGUGUGUUGCUGCGGACGGUAGCGCUCGCCAAGAGUGCAAACCAUGCCAAUGUGAGCGAGCCAAAGGAAUGGCUGAACAAACAAAGCCAUCAAGGUUCCUUGGGGUGUGUGUUGUGUUGUGUUGUGUUCAGGUACGUGUCGUCUCAGCCAGCCCCAAUGCCCGCCGUUCCUUCGUUCCACCCCACACCCUGCCUGCAGUUCACUCAGUACCCGUCUGCCCGCCUGGGAUGUGUCGUGUGCUGUGCUGUGCUGUGCUGGGUGUGCGUCACUGUUCUUUCAUUAAGCGUGUUGGUAAAUAGAUACGUGUGCGCGCGUGUGUGUGUGUGUGUGAUGCGUCUGCACUGCAUCGUCCUGCCCUUGGCCUGUUGUGGGUCUGUACUG